UCUUCUUCUUCGUCUAUCUUCUCCUAAUCCCUCUUUCUCUCUCCAUCUUCACCUAAAGAAUAAGAAGAAAAAUAAUUCACUCUUUAUUAUGCAAAACUUUCUUGUAGGGUUUUAGGAGAGCUAUCUCUAUUAUAUUUGUCUUGGUUCUGAAACAAAGUUUUUGUUUCUUUGUCUCUUUUUUACUCAUGAUUUGGCGGCUUUGGGUAUGAAAAGAUUUGCCUUUCUGUUUUGUUUAUUGGUUCUUUUUAACUUUCUUGGAUAUGGGUUCUUGUAGAUCUUAAUGAAACUCUUGUUUGUGUCCCAAAAAGAGUUUUUUUUUUUCUUCUCUUCUUUUUUGGGUCUAUUCUUGAGACAUGGCAAGAGAUCAGUUCUAUGGUCAUAACCAUCAUCAUCACCAAGAGCAACAACAUCAAAUGAUUAAUCAGAUCCAAGGGUUUGAUGAGACAAACCAAAACCCAACCGAUCAUCAUCAUUAUGGUCAUCAGAUCUUUGGCUCAAACUCCAACAUGGGGAUGAUGAUAGACUUCUCCAAGCAACAGCAGAUUAGGAUGACUAGUGGUCCGGAUCAUCACCAUCAUCACCAUCAUGAUCAGACAAGUGGUGGUACUGAUCAGAAUCAGCUUCUAGAAGAUUCUUCAUCUACUAUGAGACUAUGCAAUGUUAAUAAUGAUUUCCCAAGUGAAGUAAAUGAUGAGAGACCACCACAAAGACCAAGCCAAGGUCUCUCCCUUUCUCUCUCCUCUUCAAAUCCUACAAGCAUCAGUCUCCAACCCUUCGAACUCAGAACGCAACAACAACAACAAGGGUAUUCUGGUAAAUCAACACAUCAUCAGAAUCUUCAACACAGCCAGAUGAUGAUGAUGAUGAUGAAUAGUCACCACCAAAACAACAACCAUCAGCAUCAUAAUCAUCAACAUCAGUUUCAGAUUGGGAGUUCCAAGUACUUGAGUCCAGCUCAAGAGCUACUGAGUGAGUUUUGCAGUCUUGGAGUUAAGGAAAGUGAUGAAGAAGUGAUGAUGAUGAAGCAUAAGAAGAAGCAAAAGGGUAAACAACAAGAAGAGUGGGACACAAGUCACAACAAUAAUGAUCAACAUGACCAAUCUGCAACUACUUCUUCGAAGAAACAUGUUCCACCACUUCACUCUCUUGAGUUCAUGGAACUUCAGAAAAGAAAAGCCAAGUUACUCUCCUUGCUUGAAGAGCUUAAAAGAAGAUAUGGACAUUACCGAGAGCAAAUGAGAGUUGCGGCUGCAUCGUUUGAAGCUGCGGUUGGUGUUGGAGCGGCCGAGGUAUACACGGCGUUAGCCUCGAGGGCAAUGUCAAGACACUUCCGGUGUUUAAAAGACGGUCUGGUAGGACAAGUUCAAGCGACGAGUCAAGCCUUGGGAGAAAGAGAAGAGGAUAACCGUGCGGUCUCGAUCGCUGCACGCGGCGAAACACCACGGCUGAGGUUGCUCGAUCAAGCUUUGCGGCAACAGAAGUCUUAUCGCCAAAUGACUCUCGUCGACGCUCAUCCUUGGCGUCCACAACGCGGCUUGCCUGAACGCGCCGUCACAACGUUGAGAGCUUGGCUCUUUGAACACUUUCUUCACCCAUAUCCGAGCGAUGUUGAUAAGCACAUAUUGGCCCGACAAACUGGUUUAUCAAGAAGUCAGGUAUCAAAUUGGUUCAUUAAUGCAAGAGUUAGGCUAUGGAAACCAAUGAUUGAAGAGAUGUACUGUGAAGAAACAAGAGGUGAACAAAUAAUGGAGAUUACUACAAAUCCGAUGAUGAUCGACACUAAACCGGACCCGAACCAGAUAAUUCGUGUCGAACCGGAAUCUUUAUCUUCGAUAGUGACAAACCCUACAUCCAAAACCGGUCUGAAAGCACACAGCUCAAACCAGCACGCAACGACGCCGUAUGGGUCAAACUUUGACUUUUCCUUGUACGGUAACCAGGCCGUGACAUACGCUGGUGAAGGAGGACCACGUGGUGACGUAUCGUUGACGCUAGGGUUGCAGCAACGUAAUGACGGUAACGGUGGCGUGAGUCUAGCGCUGUCUCCUGUGACGGCUCAAGGUGGCCAGCUUUACUACGGUAGUAGAGACCACAUUGAUCAAGAAGGACCGGUUCAAUACUCAGCGUCGAUGUUAGAUGACGAUCAAGUUCAGAAUUUGCCUUAUAGGAAUUUGAUGGGAGCUCAGUUACUUCAUGAUAUUGUCUGAAUUAUAAAAAAAAAAAAAAAAGAUUUAGGACCAACGAAAGUCUCUCUCGAAACAUAUUUUUCAAAAACCGAUUCGGUUAUGUAACGGUUUAGUUAGAUAAAGAAACCAAAUUAGAUAUUUUUAUAUAUAUUACCGUUGUCUGAUUGGAUUAUGGAUUGGUGGACACGGAUGUAUUAAUAUAUGAGUUAGUUGGUUCGUCAA